AUGUCCUCUUCUUCAUCCAAGAGUAAUAAACAAGCUGCCUUAUCCCUGUUACAGAGCAAUAACAAUAAUAAUGACCAACCAUUAAUAGAUGAAGACCAUUUAUCAGAAAUAGAUUCACCAAAUUUAUUAGCCACAUCGGUAGAGAAUAAUUCAUUAUUAUCAUCAAAUUCUACAAUAUCGUUAUUAUCAUUAAAUAAACCAUCAAUGUCCAGAACAACAUCAUUUUCCAAUCCAUUAAUGUAUCAAAGAGUACAAUUUAGAAGAUAUUCAAAUAAUAAUGGUAAUGGUAAUCUUGAAAGAGGUGGUAUAAAUAUACCUCAACCACAAUCAUUACGGAUUGAUCCAGUUCCGGAAACUCCAAAUUUAGAUCCAAUAUCUAUACAAAAUUCACCAUCAAAUUUUUGGUUAAAUAAACCAAUGAUUAAAAGACAAAGUUCAAUUACACAAAAUGUUGAUUCACCAUUUCUUUAUCCAGUAAGGGAUCUCGAUGGGAAUGUUACACCGUUGAUUUUAAGUCCAAAUAGAAAUGAACUUAAGGAUGAUAGAAGAUGA